AUGCCAAGUAACGACAUAGAUGUUUAUUUGCAGCCUUUGAUAGAUGAGUUGAAGCAAUUAUGGGAUGGCGUUGAAACCUACGAUGCCAAAGAGGGAAACACUUUCAAGAUGUGUGCGGCACUAAUGUGGACUAUCAGCGACUUUCCAGGAUUGGGAAACCUAUCUGGCUGGAAUAUGCACAGUGGGUUAGCCUGUCCUACGUGUAACUUGGAUGCUAAGCCACAUCGGCUGAAAGACAGUAAAAAAUGGUGUUUCAUGGGCCAUCAACGCUUUUUAAAUCAGGGACACAAAUACAGACUAGACCGGAAUAGAUUUGACGGGCAGAUCGAAAGUAGAGAUCCGCCAAAGAAGUUAUCCGAAACAAAUGUAUUGAGGCAACAGUCUAAUGUGCACGUUUCAUUUGGAAAGAGUUCAAGUGUGACAUCUAAAAAAAGACGCAAUGGCCAGGAUGCGGAUGAAGAUGAUUCACAUUGGAAGAAGAAGAGUGUUUUCUUUGACCUCCCGUACUGGGAGGAUCAGAUGUUGCGUCAUAACCUCGAUGUGAUGCAUAUAGAGAAAAACGUGUGUGACAAUGUGGUCUUCCCUAUCUUAACCGAUAGCAGCAAAUCAAAGGACAGUCUUAAAGCUCGCAGAGAUUUACAAUGCAUGGGUAUAAUGCCUGAAUUAUGGCCGGGGGAAGGUGGUAAAUAUCCUUCUACAAUAUUUGCGAUGUCAAAUUCACAGAGGGAUAUUUUCCUGAAGACUUUGCAGAAUGUGAUAUUUCCAAAUGGUUACUCUAGCAACGUUGCUCGUUGUGUUGAUUUACGACAGCGCAAGUUAUCUGGGUUGAAAAGUCAUGACUGUCAUAUUCUGAUGAAACAAUUACUCCCAAUUUUGGUAAAGUUUUCACUUUCGAGUCCGGUGUCCAAUGUGAUUGCAAAUUUGUCAUCAUUUUUUCGAGAACUUUGUGGAAAAGCCAUAAAUCCUAUGCAGCUUGCUGAGCUUCAGAAUCAUGUUGUGCAAACCUUGUGUCAAAUGGAAAUGAUUUUUCCUCCAUCCUUCUUCACCGUCAUGGUUCACCUCACCGUGCAUCUCGUUGAUGAGGUUACUCUUGGUGGACCCGUACAUUAUAGGUGGAUGUAUCCAAUAGAAAGGUAUUUAGGACGUCUGAAGCAAUAUGUUUGUAAUAGAGCACAACCGGAAGGCUCAAUUGCAGAAGGCUAUUUAUCUGAGGAAAUCCUGACUUUCUGUUCUAGGUAUUUGGAUAAUAUUAAGACUAGAAUCAACCGACCAGGGCGAGUUGACGAUGAGCCUGUUGACGUUCCUCACAAUUUAGGGGAGAGUAUCUUCCCAGCUAUUAGCAAGGCAUUAGGGGCAGUUUCGCAUUUCGAACUCACUCCAAUGGAAAAACAUCAAGCUCAUCGUCAUGUGCUAGUCAACUGCGAUGCCGUAGUUCCGUUCCUUGAUACAUUUAGGGAAAAGACAAAGCGAAGCAUGCGUCAUCAGACAAGGUCCCCAGCUAAGAUUGAUAGUGUCGUCCAUGCAGAAUUUCCUCGGUGGUUCAAUGCUCAGGUUCUUCUGGAAAGUACUAUUCAAUCGAAAGAGCUGAAGUUGCUUGCGUGCGGUCCCAUGAUUCAGGCCAGACGUUUUGGGGCGUAUAAUGUUAACGGGUACAAGUUUUGA